GUGGGUCUUGGACGUGUGCCCCACUUGCCUACCCCUAGAGCCGGCACUGAUGAUUCUCCAACAUCAUAGUAAUUUUCUCCACAGCUUGACAAUAUAAUAAUUAUCCUUGAAGCCGAAUCAGUUGAUGAGUCUCAAAGAUGUUCUUGCAUCACAUUUCUUUUGGUUUUGACAUCUUCCACAAGGACAUAACAUGGGUUUCCUCUGAUUGAAGAAUUUUUAUUAGAAGCAAAUAUGAUAAAUACUUCAACACCUUCCAUAAACUCUCUUUAAACAUAAUUAUGGAUAGGAUCAAAAUGUAUCGAUCCAUCCACUCUCUUGCUUAAAAUUUAUUAGACACUGAAUUCUCAAAUUCAUUUCUCUCAAGUUUACGUUUCAAGCUUCUUACAAUACGAGAGUGAAGGCUUGUUUGAUUUUAUAGAUAAUAGUUGCCAGGUUUUUCCUAUGAUUCUUGCCACGAUUUUUGUCAAGUUUGCCUUGAAAAUUGCUACGAAUUUGGAAAAUUGUGUGAGGUAACUAUUAAAAAAAAAUUACUAACUAACUAAAAUCACACCCUCUCUCUUUUUUUCUUUUCCUAUCUCUCUAGCAUCUUAGCUAUUUCACAAUUAAAUCCAUACGAAUUUUGUGACGAGUGUUUACAUGAAUUUGUUUUUAAUAUAUCACACCUUUCCCUGCCCUUCUUCUGUCGGAUGGGAUGGCACUAUGGAUACUUACCACAAAUUUUGCCAUGAAAUGUAUUUAUGGUUUUUUUUUUAUUUUUUACUGUCGUCAGUACCCAAAAUGAUUGGUGGGACGUUUUUUCGUGGACUAGCCAAGAAAUUGCCAUGUUUAAACUUAACAUUAUUUAUUGCAAAAAUUUUUAGCCACGAUUAAACUAUAGAAAACUGUUGGUAAAGUUCCCACAAAUUGCUAUGUUAUAUUUCAGUGCAAUUUUGCCACGGUAAUUUUUGUGGCAACAUCGUUACUAUUGUUUUCACAGUUUAAUUCGUAGAAAAUUCAUGGCUUUUUACAAAAAAAAAUCACAUAGAUUUCCAUGUUUCUCGUUUUGUGGUUUUUUUUUGAAACACAAACAUUCAUUACCAUUAAUAGAGUUAGGUGACAUUCAAAGCAUACAAUACUUGUUCAUCAGCUAGGCAUAGCUUAGCCAACAGAUCGGCAUCUUUGUUUUUCUCUCUAGAUAUCCAUCUAAAAGACACAAAUUCAAAAGCAAGAACUAGAUCGUUGAUAUCAGCGACAAUGCCAUAGAACUCCAUAUGCUAGACCUUCUUCUGCAGCGCCUGCACCAAUUGCAUCGAGUCAGAUUCACACCUUACCCUUUCAAUCUUCAGAUCCCUACACUUUUGGAGAGCAGCUCUCAGAGCCAGGCCCUCUGCAAUCAAGGGAGUUCUGACAAACUCUGCAGAGGUGGAGAAGUUCCUUAUCCGGCCUUUCAUACUUUUCUCAUUUUGUGGUUAUUCUGGCAACUUCAUGCCUUUUUAUUUUAGCACGAAAUUUUUGUGGAUAUAAAAGAUAUUAAUCUCAGUUAGAAAAGAUAUUAUUUUCUUCUGAAAGAAAAUAUGAACAAAAAAUAAGGGUAUAAAUGAUUGAAAAUCAACUACAACAGCAGUUCUUGCGAUCUAUCCAUGGAAAUAUAAGCACUUGAGAACUUUUAAAAACUAUAGAAGGAAGAAGAAACUAGAUCUCAAUUUAGAUCGAAAAUAAUAUUUAUAAAAAAAGAUGUUUUUUCUCUAAAAAAUACGAGAUAAUAAGAAUUGUUGUUACUAAAUACGCAGUGUAUUAAAUUAUAUUCCAAUUUUGCCUAUGUCAACACUGAAAUAUUUCGAAAUCUAUAGAAUUUACUAAAAUAAUUAAAGCAUAUUAUUAAAUUAUCAAAAUAAUAAAUUAAAUAUUACAUAAAAUAAAUUAAAUAGAAUUAUCAAACAGAAAAAAUAAGUUUAUUUUUGCAAAAUUUUAGAUAUUGAAAAUUACUUCAACAUUGGAUAAAUAUAAUAUAGUGUUGGUAAUAUUUUAAUAUUUAAACUAUUCUAAUUUAUUAUAUGAAUAAUUUGUACAUUUAAAAUUAUAUUUAAAAAGGAUUCAAAUCGGAUUUGGAUUUUUUAAUAUUUUAAAUCAACUGAACAAAUGAGACCAAUGUCUGAACUUUUUGAAUCGGAUUAACUGAUAACGGAUCGGAUCAUAGAUCAAAAAUAUUUUGUCCAUCCUUACAACUAGGGGCACUAGGUCUAUCAUGAUAACGAAUUCACCAAAAAAACUAAUAUCUUCUCCAAAGAUAAUUCCAGAGAAAAGGAACGACCACAAAUUGGGUAUAUGGUGGAUAAGUAUCACAUGAUUAAAUUGUGAGAAUCGAUACCAAGUCCUAGUUGUUCAAUAAUUGUAUGUCUUGUGGAUACAUCACAAAAUCAUUUUGGCAGUUUUCAGGAACAUGUGAUUACGUUUCUUUUUCUCCUAGCUCAGCAUGUGAGUAAGUUGUGAGGAAGUCAGGGAUUCCUUUCUUCAUUUUUAUAAUAACAUUAUAUAAAUAUUUUUGACUCCAAAAACUAUUAUAUUUUGCAAACAAAAUGUUAUCUACAAAUUCAGACCGGACUAGAGAACAUCGAACACAAACGAAAACAAACAAAUCCAACACGACCCAAAACUAGAAAGCUCAAAUCCAGACUCGUGAUAUUCAGAUGGUGAGACUAAAGGAAGAAAGAGAAAUAGAAUGGAGAAGUUUGGUCAGAAUGGCCAUGCAGAGCCGUGCUUGAAUAGACGCACAUAAAGCAUGUGGAUCAGGGGGACAUUAUUUUCUUAUAGGACAUAACCCACCUUUUUUAUUCUCUUACAACCUAACAUCUUUUGCAUGAUCCCAAUGAAAAAAGUUAAGUGCCUUAAUGAAUGGAUGAUCUACACUAUUGGAUCAAAACAAAAUGAGCCACACGAUUUGUCUUUCUUCUCUUUCCUCCUUACGCGGGACCCACCCUUCUUCUUCCUCUCUUCAAUUAACGUAACAACCACCAUUCUUUCUCACUUCAAUUCUUCACCAAACAAUAUCUCUUUUGAGAGAUUGGAUGAAGAGCAGAAAAAAACAGCAUAAACAUCCACAACAAAUCGUGUAUCUUCCUCCAUAGAUGAAUUUGGGUAACUAUGGAUAACAACAGACGUGUGGUGAUAUAUUUUGAUCAAGGGGGUAGUUAUUCAGAUGUGGGAGAUGAAAUUCGAUGGAAGCAGAAAGACCGACAUAUUUCUACUUUAGUGUUUACGAUGAGAAGUGACAAGGAGGUGACUUACUCUCAGUUGGUUGAUAGAGUAUGCAGGAAAAUGAAGAUUGAUGUAGCUUCGUCCAAGAUUCAGCUGAGCUGUCGGCGAGAUUCCUAGUUCUAGCAACCCUAAGAAGACCUCUCUCUCAAAUUAGAUUCGGUAACUAUGGAUAACAACAGACGUGUGGUGAUAUAUUUUGAUCAAGGGGGUAGUUAUUCAGAUGUGGGAGAUGAAAUUCGAUGGAAGCAGAAAGACCGACAUAUUUCUACUUUAGUAUUUACGAUGAGAAGUGACAAGGAGGUGACUUACUCUCAGUUGGUUGAUAGAGUAUGCAGGAAAAUGAAGAUUGAUGUAGCUUCGUCCAAGAUUCAGCUGAGUUACUUUCCGUUUGGAAUGGAUGAUAAGAGGCCAUGUUACAUCUUCGAUGAUGAAGAUGUUUUAGGAUAUUUAUUGGAAGUCGAAAAAAAUCAGAGCUGUACUGUCUUGCACGUGGAACUCAUAGAAUAUGUCUCACAAAACCAAAGUAACGAGAUGUGUGGGAACCGAAAUUCGCACUGUCGAUUUCCGUUUAAAUAAGGAAACUAGGAAAACCCUAAUUUCCCAGAGGACCCGGAUAUCUGCUAAUUACCACACGUCAAGCAAUCAGAACACGAGAAUAACAACGAUAAAGAAUAAGAAAUCGAAAAAGAGAGCAAAGAAGAUCUUAUUCCGAAUUUGCGUAUGAGCGUUUACAACAAGGUAUAAGCCUGGGCUCGAGAGCUGUCGGCAAGAUUCCUAGUUCUAGCAACCCUAAGACGGCUAAACCUAAUUGAGUCGCAGCUCGAAAUAACAAAAACGGAAAAAUGCCUAAAUUGCUCUAAGUGCUAAGUUUGCUCUGAAAAGAGUUCUCUCCCAUGCUCCUCGCCUAGGACUUCUUAUAUACUAGCUCCAAGGUCGGUUUACGCUUUUACUCUUCUGCCCUUAAGCCGUCAUAGCAUAAAAAUCGAGAUACUCCAUUUUUCCCGAUCUUCACAAUUAUCUUCAAAACUUCCGUAUUUAUCCGCGGAAACUUGACAUUUAUCCUUCCUUGUGGACCAAGCGCAAACCGUGCUGCGGUUUACGGGCAUUUGGUUAAGAAAUCAUAGGAUGGGCCUCGAGUCGUGUUUUAGGUCCCUUUGGGACGUCUUCCGACUCGACACGUUUACUACGAUUUUUUUUGAUAAAGAACAAACUUUCCGCGGUUUCUAAUCCGUGAAGUUUGAUCGAUGAGUUAGAAUAGCGGAAAACACGGACUGAGCUUGCUACGGUCUUCGGGAGAUAACAUUUGAAGGUUUGACGAGAAUGCACGGAUUGGUGUUGUAUCGAUGUUCGGAGGAGUUCGAUCGCUACACAACGACCGAACUUUGGCUCGAGCCCGGUCGCUACGUAGCGACCGAGCGGGACGAGCGCUUGGUCGCUACGUAGCGACCGAGCGGGACGAGCGCUCGGUCGCUACGUAGCGAUCGAGCGGGACGAGUGCUCUGUCGCUACGUAGCGACCGAGCUUUGGCUCGAGCUUGGUCGCUACGUAGUGACCGAGCGGGACGAGCGCUCGGUCGCUACGUAGCGACCAAGCUUGGCUGAGCUUGGUCGCUACGUAGCGACCGAGCUUGGCUCGGGCUCGGUCGCUACGUAGCGACCGAGCGAGACAGAUUUCGAGCUUUCGUCGGACGUCUCGAUUCUUUCUUCCGUAAAGCUUUUUCGUAAAAAAGAAUCUAUUUCGAAAAGUACUCAUCGGAGAAAUUCUUAUUUUCUUCCUCGAACGUUUUGAAUGUUAAAUUUGUCGCAACCAUUUUUGACCCCAACAGUUAGCUCCCCAGCCCGUUAGAGUUGUGACUCUAGCGGGCGGAUAGACGACUUUGACAAGGUUAAGCGUAUUGGACAAAAUUCACAUUUUUAACUCCGCGGACAAAAGUUAUCGAGACAGUAUUCCGAACCCAUACUUCUAUAAGUGGUGAACUCUUGUCAUUCAUUUUCUCCACACCUUCCCUUCUUCAUUCCUUCAAAAACCUCUCUAGUUUCAUAACUUUCCAUUCAACAUGUCUUCCUCCCAAGGUGAUAAGAGAGAUUCCGACGUCGAGAUGGGCGAGGCCACUUCUCCGGCUCCGGUUCUAUUUUCUCCGGCUGAAGCGCCGGCUUGUGUUGCCGGUCAUCUUUCUUUCCAAGAGAAACUAGUUCGUCGCCAAGCCGAAAAAGAACUAGCUCAUGCUGGCUCCGAGUUUCCGUCUUCUUCCGCGCAGGUCGUUGCCCCGUGUCAUGGGACCGAGGUCAUGGCUCCUCUUCCACAAGCCCUACCUGCGGGAUCUUCCACGACUCCGAUCCUCGUCGAGGACAAGGAGAAGGCCGCUGACUCUAUGCCUCCUCCUCCAGCCAGGAAAGAAAUCGUUCUGGCAUUGCGUGCUCCUAGCGCUGUCCUGGCUACUCAGCCUAAGAGUCGGAAGAGGAAACUUGCCAAGAGUGGUGAUGGGGAGACUUCGCAGCGAGGUGGAUCGAGCCUAGCAUCGGGACUUCGCGGAAAGGUUUAUCUCUUGUUUGAAUUCUCGAUCUUCUUUUGUGCAUUCUUUCUCGGACUUAGUCUUAAGAAUUUUCACCGUUUGCAGUUCAUAUCGUUGAUCGAUGGGAUGAUCAGCAAGUGUGGUUCUGAGAACAGUCGCCUUUCCGGGGAGUUGGUGGAGCUUCAGGGCAGAUGGUCUGAAACUGAGACCAUGCUGACGGCUGUCAAGGACUCUCACUCUGCGAAAGUGUCGAAGCUCGAGGAUGCGAUAGGAGAGCUCGAGAGGGACCUUGGGAAGACGGCGAGUUCCUUGCUUAAGGAAAAGAAGGCGAGGAAGGCCAAAUCCUCGGAGGUGCGUCGACUCCAGCGUCAGAUCGAGGGUGACGCGGGACUAGCGAGCCGCGGGAUCCAAGAGGCUAUGGAUGCCCUUCGCGCGGAGUUUCAAGCUCCCUUGCCGAAGAUUUCUGCUUCCCUGGGUUCCCUCGAGUGUAUCCGGAGCAGGGACCUAGCUUUGGCGACGAUUGAGGGCAGGGUGGCCGUGGUUCGGUCGUUCAAAAGUGAGACUCCCCCGACCUUGGAGGCCGAAGAGGCCCGACUGUCCGGCUGCAAGGGAGAUAUGGCGGCCGAGGAUGGAGAUUUCGGUCUCAUCCUGGCCGACCUGAAAUCCGCGUGCUUCCUUCCGACGUGUUCAGAAGACCCAGAGGGGAAAGACCCGAUGGUCGGAGAAAACGGAGGUAACGCGGCUCCAGGCUCGGACGAGGCAGCGGGUGAAGAGGGGGUGUGAGUUCUGAGGAUGACUUGGGUUAGAUCUCUUGCGAGAGAUUUUUUUUACGUUUUUAUGUUUCGGCCUUGAAUGGCCUUGUUUGUAUUUCGGGACUGGCCGUGUGUGGCUUUGAAUUCCUGCCGCUCCGCGGCUUUCUUUUUAUGGUACGACAAUCGAAUGGCGCUUUUUAUGAGUUUGUGAAUAGUGGGGAGGAAGGUGAUGAGUUGUCGCCUCAUAUCCUUCUUCGAUUGUGAAA